AGUUGACUCUCUCUUUCUCUCUCUAAUGGCAGAAAAUUAAUGGACUCCUCCUUGAGGUUUUGCCGGUUUAGUUUUUGGUAACCAAAGAAUCCCGCUUUCUCUCUUCUCGCUGUGGGCAUCUAAAGAAACGAUGAACGGGGCUUCGAAGGCAGCUUUGUUAGGUUCCCAGGCCAACAUCUUUCACGCAAGGGCGGCCCUUUUCCAUUCAACACCCGUCGUGGAUCGCAAAAGACGCACCUAUUGGGAGUCUGGUGGAAGUGCUGAUAGAGAAACAUCCAAGAGACGCAACUACUAUGCCAAGAGGUUCAGAAAGCUACAUGCAAAACAAUCAUUGCUGCGGAAUGCCAGCGCUUUUGCAGAGCACAUCUUCCAGAAUUGGAAGGAUGGCAAUGAUGAUGACACAUCUCUUGGUCAAGAGAGCUCAUGGUUUAGAAAUGAAUUUAAUGGUGGUAAGGGGGGUGCCAGACGAAGUUCCAACCACACCAAAGGACAACAUUUUUCAGCCAGAAGAGAUUUCAAUUUCUGUGAGGAUGAAAGCGACAUUGAGACGAUUUUCCGCUCUGCAUUUGGUGGGAAUAAGGGUUUCUGCUGGUUUGUUCAUGAUGAAUUUCCACCUCGGGGAAGCUCAUCCAGCAGUUACUCAAAUAGUUAUAGGACUUCAUGGAAUUGGAAACAUCGGGAUGAAGAUGAAGAGGAUUAUGAGUCAUCAGCAGAGUCUGAGUACGAGUCUAAUAAUGCUUACUUAAAAUUGGCUUCAGAUAGAAAUGCUCUUGGAUUGAGUAUUUCAGGUCCAUUGACGCUAGAAGAUGUUAAAAAUGCGUAUCGAACAUGUGCACUAAAGUGGCAUCCAGAUCGUCAUCAUGGCUCUUCCAAGGCUAUUGCUGAGGAAAAGUUCAAGACCUGCAGUGCAGCAUACCAAUCACUGUGCGAUAGGAUGGCCGUUAACUGAAGAUCUUGACAGAGUGCUCAAGCACUUCUCAAUUUGACCUAAUAAGUUAUUUUAGUAUUGAUAUUAGAAUAGCUGGGGUAACUGAUUUUCCUUUGAUUCAUCAGUUUAGCUUCUUCAUUGAUCAUUGUACAAUGGGAAUUACAAAAGCCCAUUUUUUCAUUUUUUUUUUUACUUUUCAAGAUAUUGUAAUUUUAUUCAUUUAGCAUUUAUAGAGAAGAUUGACAUAUAUCAUUGCAGACUUAAGACUGCUAUAAAGGCUUGGAUAGAUGUAACCAACUCUUUGUUCUUUGUUCAGCGAAUAACAUCGAGAAUUUGGUUUUGUAAA